AUGAUAUUUACCGUUACGGAGGCUGAGAAAACACCUCCUCCUAAUCUUCCUCCUCCGACCGCUGGCCGUGAAAAAGAUCCGAUUUUUAAGGCUCAGCCACACCACUUUUCUCAACUUUCUGGCGGACCAGAGCCUGACCCAAAUUACCCUUUUGGCCCUCAACAGAGCUUUGAUUAUCCUCUGGGACACACUCUAAGAGCUGCCGCUUUUCCAACCCAAUAUCGCUUCUCAACAGGGCUGUGGGCCCACCAUAAGCAAAGCUCACCGCCAUUUGGGAGCUUCUAUUCUAUGCGUACAUGUAUAGCUUUAGAGAGAGAAAAUGGGGAAGGGCUUUUUUCUAUAGAGAGAACGACAGAGAGAGAAAGAGAGUUCAAAUCACCGCCGAGCAAAUCCGACAUCGAUAGUUUGGAGGCUGAAAUUUGGCAUCCCACGAAGAAAUUCUUCGACGCGAUGAGGUCGGCUAAUUCCGGCAAGCACAACAAGUUACCGGCCAAAUUCGAUUAA